GGGUAGGCACCCUCCGCCACGUUCUGGAAGGUUCUUGGGUUCGACUAGAGCAGCAGCGCCAAGACUUCGGGUCUCUGCUGGCUGAGUGGAGCCGCCACCAUGUUGGGCUGCUGGGUGGCGGGGAGGCUGGUGCAGACAGCUGCACAGCAAGUGGCAGAGGAUAAAUUUGUUUUUGACUUGCCUGAUUAUGAAAAUAUCAACCGUGCUGUGGUUUUUAUGCUGGGAACAGUCCCGUUUCCUGAGGGAUGCAAGGAUCUGUCUACUUUUCCUAUCCUGAUUCCAAUGGAAUGCCAGCAUGGCAACUCCUAGGAUUCGUCACGAAUGGGAAACCAAGUGCCGUCUUCAAAACUUCAGGUCUUAAAUCUGGAGAAGGAAGCCAGCACCCUUUUGGAGCCGUGAAUCUUGUCCGAACUCCAUCUGUGGCUCAGCUGGGAAGUUCCGUGGAGUUAUUGGGCAGUCUGGCUCAGACCUGUGUAGGCGAUGCUGCUGCGUCUUCCGUUGACUCGUUUACUCAGUUCACACGGAAGAUGCUGGACAGCUUCUACAGUUUUGCCUCAUCAUUCGAUGUCUCUCAGGCCCAGAUGACACCAAGUCCAUCUGAAAUGUUCAUUCUGACAAACGUGGUUCUGAAAUGGUAUGAAACUUUCAAAGAUGACUAG